AUGUAUGUCAAUCGAACCAAUGAUGUUCAAACUGCUGCCUUGAUCAGUCUGUUUGCCGUGCCACGAUAUUUCGUCGAUAUUCGAGCCGACCAUUGGCUUGACUGUUAUCGCAGUUUACUUAACAGCUGGGGCAUGUAUAGCACGAGAGCACGGUUUGAUGUGGGUAGAACCAGACUUUCAAAGUCGCAAGAUAAUAAGGUUCUAGUUGCAGCAGCCCCAAAACAGGUUUACUUGCAGUGUCUCAAAUGCAACAAAAACAUAGGACUGGUGGGCACAGGGGCAGAAAUGGGCAAAAGUAAAGACGCUGCUCUUAUACAUUUUAACCAGCGACGCCGUGGAGAUGAUAAUGUUUGUCCUCAUUGUCGAUCGCCUCUUCCUCGUUGUGCUGUGUGUCUUUUGACGUUGGGAACUCCGGUUCCGGUUGACUUAUCACAAAAGCCCAAUGAUAGCGACAUAAGGUCCAGAAACCAGGCCCGGUUCAGAGACUGGUUCAGUUUCUGUAUGAGUUGCAACCAUGGAGCACAUGCCGUGCAUGCUGAGGAAUGGUUUUCCAAGCACUAUGUUUGUCCUGUUCCUGAUUGCAGUUGCCGAUGCAACAGCAAGUGA